AUGGCAGACGUGUUUGCCAAGCUCCAGGACAAGAGCCUGCUGGUCUCCUCCGGCCUCGUUGCUGGCGAGUGGAAGAACGGGCAAGAUGGAAAGACCUUUCCUGUAUAUGAGCCGUCUAGCGCGACAGUACUCCAGGAGUGCGCCAACUUGAGCCGACAAGACUUUGUUGACGCUAUUGAGAGCGCCAAAAAGGGGUCAGCCAAGUUUCAUGAAUCAACAACCGCGAAGGAGCGAGGCGCCUUGCUCCGGAAAUGGUACGACUUGGUCACUGCCAACGCUGACGACUUGGCCUUGAUCUUGUCCUUGGAGAACGGCAAGACCUUUGCCGAGGCCAGAGGCGAGGUUAUUUACGCCGCUUCUUUCAUCUCUUGGUUCGCCGAGGAAGCGACACGGUCAUACGGCGACACCAUCCCGUCAUCCUACGCCAACACCACCGUUUUGACGUUCAAGGAACCCGUGGGCGUCUGCGGCAUCAUCACCCCUUGGAAUUUUCCAGCAGCCAUGAUCACCCGCAAGAUCGCACCGGCCUUUGCAGCAGGGUGCUCAGUCAUUAUCAAGCCGCCAAGCGAAACCCCUUUCAGCGCUCUGGCUCUGGCCAAGUUAGCCCUCGCUGCUGGGAUCCCGUCGGAUAUCAUUCAUGUGGUACCGACCAAGAAUAGAGAGGCGUCGAUGGAGCUGGCGAAUAACCCCAUUGUGAAGAAACUCAGUUUCACUGGGUCAACGGGGGUCGGCAAGAUGCUCACCAAGGCUGCGGCGGGGAUGAUGAAGCGCGUGAGCAUGGAACUCGGCGGCAAUGCUCCCUUUAUCGUAUUUGAUGAUGCCGAUAUUGACCAGGCGGUCGAGGGUGCCCUAAUCUGCAAAUUUAGAUGUUCUGGUCAGACAUGCGUGUGCGCAAACAGACUGCUAAUCCACGAGGAGGUCAAGAACAAUUUCAUCGAGAAACUCGUCGCCCGCGUGAAGCAGUACAAACUAGGCCGCGGAAUCGACGAGGGCAUCACACAGGGCCCCCUCGUCAACGCCGCAGCCGUCGAAAAGGUCGACGCCCACGUACAAGACGCACUGAAGAAAGGUGCCGUCCUCCACACCGGCGGCAAGGCUCCCGAGGGCCUCCAGGGUUACUUUUACGAGCCCACGGUCAUCAGUGGAGUCACGACCGACAUGGAGGUGGCUCACGACGAGACGUUUGGCCCGCUGGCGGCCAUCUUCUCCUUCAAGACGGAAGCGGAGGCCGUCGAGCUGGCGAAUGCUACAGAGUACGGCCUCGCUGGGUACUUCUUCAGCAAGGACAUUUCCCGAGUUAUGCGUGUAGCGAGACGGUUGGAGUGCGGCAUGCUAGGCGUCAAUACCGGUCUCAUCAGCGCGGCGGAGGCACCGUUCGGCGGUGUGAAGGAGAGUGGGCUUGGUCGGGAGGGCAGUAAAUAUGGGCUGGCAGAGUACCAGAACAUCAAGUCUGUCACUAUUGGUAACCUCGGCUUCAAUUGA